CCUGUACUGUGUCCGCAGUCUCUGGUCAUCCCCUGUACUGUGUCCGCAGUCUCUGGUCAUCCCCUGUACUGUGUCCGCAGUCUCUGGUCAUCCCCUGUACUGUGUCCACAGUCUCUGGUCAUCUCCUGUACUGUGUCCGCAGUCUCUGGUCAUCUCCUGUACUGUGUCCGCAGUCUCUGGUCAUCUCCUGUACUUGUGUCUGCAGUCCAUUGGUUCAGAAUUUUUUUUUUUUCUUGUUUUUCGCCUCUAAAACCUAGGUGCGUCUUAUGG